GCUCAUGGACCCUUCUCCUACCUCCUUCCUCAAGCUGGCUGACUUUGGGAUCGCCUUCGAAGUCUUGACGCAUUCGGUGGCGGGGACUCCCAACUACAUGCCGCUUGAGGUCUGGAGUGGGAAGCUGGCGAGGGACAAGUACGUCGACAGCUAUGCAGCAGCGGCGGUGCUGUAUGAGAUGGUGGAGGGGGGGCUCAUGGUCCAGGAUGAGCGCAGGACCCCGAGGCCACGACCCUUGCUUCAAAGGGGUACUACUUGGAAUCACCAGGGGUCCUUCUUGCGGAAGCUCUUCGAGAUGUUGCACGACAAGCCAGCCAGUAUGAAUAGCAACUGGUUUGGAUGGAAAUCCUUGCGCGAGGCCGUCAACUUCAUGCUGGUGGUGGACUACUCAACUGGGAUCAUC